GAGCAGAGCGGAGCGGAGUGAGAAAGAGGGCUCUCUGGGCGAACGAGAGCGGAACGCCUCGGUGAGGCAGGAAUGGGCACUUCUUUACGGGCCCCAGCAGCGAGCGGACAGCGUUCUCUCGGUUGGGAAAUAAAACCUCCCAGAGGCUCGCAUAUCCGAUUGUAUAGUUUACGUCAAGGCGCUUAAAAUCUGUGGUGAUACGUCAGCUUAGUACAACUGAGUACUUUAUGGUCCGUCGGCGCGGUCUCCGCCGGGUUUCUCGGGCCUUCGAUCGGGUUUUGUUUCGCCUCCGCGCCGCGGCGCUUCGUUCCUGCCCCGGAUCCAGCGCUCCGUGGCGGGCCGACCGCUCGGAAACGGGCCGCAGUCCCCGUCGAGCAGCGUCCUCCCAGGCCUUGUUCCACAGGUGCGGCUGGACUUUGAGCCCCUAACACUCUCUGUUAGAGACCUCUCAAUGGAGUGUUAGGUGCAGAUCCUGCCACCCUUGUCGCUGCCUUCUGGAAACAUCCAGGAUGAAGAGUGAGGUUCCCACUGAUGCGCCGCGCCAGCGUGACCACCUCAAGGGGGCGCUGUCCAGCCCAGAGCCAGUGGAACGCGCAAAGAGCUUUGCAGCCGAAGUAGAGUUGGUCAGCAAGGCAGGCAGCGAGUUGACACCGCUGUGCAGUAAGUCCCGGUUGGCUGGUUGCAGGACGGAUUCGGAAAGAGCUCUGAGCGGACGAAAGAAGCGCAGGAGCCAGCAGGCAGGGCCCUCAGACUGUUCACGAACAGAGAGGCCUAGCGAGGAUGAGCGCCACCUAGAGUCCUCUCUUAGUGACUGCGCAUCUUCCCCUUCAUCGAGCCCCCGCUUUGGGGACUCUGACACGAUCAGCUCAGAGGAUGAGGAGGAGAGCCUGGGUGGCGGGGCAGUGCUCGGCACAGGAGGCGAGCAACAGCAGCCCAAGGCAGCUGCUGUGGGGGGGAGCAUGGCGACACGCCCUGUUCUGCCUCGGCCUCGGGUGCGGGCCCGGGGAGGUGGGGCUCACAGGUGGACACGGCCGGAAGCAGAAGCUGUGCUGCUGAAGCGACCAUGCCUGACUGCCCAGCGGCUGCCCCAUAGGAAACGUUUUGUGAAAGCGGCCGUCGCCACAGGCGGUGGUGGAGGCCCGCGGACUCAGAAGCAGAAGGAGCGGCUGCUUCUCCAGCGUAGGAAACGGGAGGUUAUCGCCCGCAGGAAGUACGCACUUCUCCAUAGCACCAGCAGCUCCAGCGAGGAGCUGACCAGCGACGACUCCUCCUCGCCCUCUUCUACUGAGGCGGAGGACGAGCUUUACGUGGAUGUCAGCAGUAGCAGCAGCAGCCAGGCUGGCAGCACCGUUGUAACCGCAGGCACAUUGGAUGAAGAUGUGGUGGUGAUCGAGGCGACGCCCGCCCCCACUGUCCAGGCCACGGAGGAGAUCAACGUGACCUCCACAGACAGCGAGGUGGAGAUCGUUACCGUGGGCGACGGAUGCAGGCCCCGCUCAGCAAGUGGCCAUGGGAGGUCGCAAUGGGGCCCCAGCUGUUCUCAGAGCCGAGGCCCAGAUGGCCGUGGCCGCCACCGCCUCUCCACUGUCAUCCAGCCUCUGCGACAGAGCGCUGGCGAGGUGGUAGAUCUCACUGUGGAUGAUGACGAUCUCUCAGUAGUUCCAACCACCUCUGAUGGAUCCUGCUCCAAGGCUGUGAGCUCUUCUUCCUCCUCAUCCUCUUCCAUUGUCAGUGCUUCUACCUCUGAUCUCCCCCAUGAUGCCCCUGGACCCUCAUGCAGCGGCUCUGCCUCUGCUGCUGUAGUGUCCCAGAGCACUCUGGGAAUGCAGGCCCACAGCAGCACAGCUGUGUCCACCACAGGGGAUGAUGCCAGAAGAGUCUCCACAUUGUCGGGGGAGACUGGUGGACCUGCAAUGCCUCGCCUCCCCUCCUGCUGCCCCCAGCACUCCCCCUGCAGCGGCCCUUCCCCAGGACAUCUGCCUGUAGGCCACACCCACUCUGGGUGUCAGCAGCAGCCCCCACCCCCUUCCCAGCACAGCCAUACCCAUCACUUCCACCACCAUCAUCACCACCACCCAGCUCCUGCCCCACAGCCUUCGCUUUCCUUUCCUGAGCCCAGCUGCCCUCUCGAGCGGCCGACCACAGUCCCGCCCCCCUGCGGAGCAAUGGGCGUGGCAAGCGGGCAGUGCCACGACCAGCAGACUCUGCCUGUGGACCUGAGUAACACUGGUGUGCGGAGCAAUGCGAACGGCAGCACUGGCUUCCUCGGGACAUCAGCCUUCGAUCCCUGCUGCCCUGGCUCAUCCUCUCGAGCCCCAGUUUAUGUGUCUCAGGCCACGCCCAUGCCGGGGCCCAGCCAACCUGGUGCCGUAGACACCUAUAGCUCCCCCAUGGUGGCUCCACCUCCAGCCCCACCCCAGCUGUCCUCCUGCAGGCACUACAUGCAUUCCUAUGGACCCAUGACCCGCCCUCUCCAUCACCAGACCUCAACCUCAACCUGCCCCCAUGCUCACAGCAAUGCCCCGGCUCCACCGCAGCCCCCUCCACCCGUGGACUACGUGAUACCCCACCCUGUCCACCCCUUCCACGCCCCUUUGUCUUCCCACAGCCAUGGUCACACCGUUCCCUCUGCGGCACCCGCCUCCCUGCCCACACACCCUCUCUCUAGUUCAGGGGCUACGUUGCCCCAACACUUGGGUCCCGAACACCCCAUCCCCACACUGGGACCCUCAGUUCAGAGGCUGCACCAGCAUGACAUGUUCCAGAGGAUGGAGGUCCAAAGGCGCCGGAUGCUGCAGCACCCCACACGAGCACAUGAGCGGCCGCCACCACACCCCCACAGAAUGCACCCCAACUACGGUCACGGUCACCAUAUCCAUGUCCCACAGACCAUGUCCUCGCACCCGCGCCAGCCAGAUCAGAGGACCACCUGGGAUCUGGGCAUUGAGGCGGGCGUCACUGUGGCACCCUACCCUCCGGGGCACCUGCACGCAGCUCUGCCCCACUAUCACCCUCCCCCCCGACUGCACCACUUCCCCAUUCCCUUCAUGCAUACUGGCAUGCCUGAGGUUACCUACCCGCACAUUCGCUACAUUUCAUCCAGAAUGACUGGAUUUGGACGAACAUACGAAGAUCUUCUGCACCUGGAGGAGAGGCUGGGGACAGUGAACCGAGGUGCAUCUCAGGGAACCAUAGAGAGAUGCACUUACCCACACAAGUACAAGAAGAGAAAGCUACACUGCAAACAGGACGAGGAAGAAGGCACGGAGGAGGACACGGAGGAGAAGUGCACCAUCUGCCUGUCGAUCCUGGAGGAAGGAGAAGACGUAAGACGCCUUCCCUGCAUGCACCUGUUUCACCAGCUGUGCGUGGACCAGUGGCUGCUCACCAAUAAGAAGUGCCCCAUCUGCAGAGUGGACAUUGAGGCCCAGCUGUCGGCAGAGAGUUGAUGCUGUUUGUUUGGCCUUCAUUUUUGAUUUUAGUCGUCAGUUUAUCCUCAGUUUCUCUUCAAUACUGCAGUCAACCAAAGAUGGCAUGCAUUACCGGCGCCAACUCAAAAUGCAGGGAUGAAGAGAGGGGGUGGGGAGUGAGAAGAAGGAAAAAAAAAGAUGGGUGGGGGAGAAAUGUUGAACCCCGAGUGCCAGCUGUCAUAUUACAUCAGUACUGCUCGGAAUGACAUCUUCACACAUUUUAUUGUGUUUAUAAGGCUUUUAAAGUAGAUUUUUGUUUUCCUCAAGUGUCAUUUUUGUAUUUUUUGCAUGGUUCUUCUGCAUUUCUUUGCACAUUUGAGUGACUUCUUGUGGCCUAAAAACUUGCAGGCAAGGAUUACUAUUCUAGUGUUUUUUAUACAUAUAUAUAUAUAUAUAUAUAAAAGAAUAUGCAUAAUGCCUUACUGGAGCAAAUAGAAGUUCAAGCUGAGCAGUGCAGGAUUAAUUUAAAUUAUGAUUAUAUUGAUUAGUUUAUGUACAGGCAAAUGUAAUCAGUAAUUGAAAAUGAACACUUUAGAAAAUUAAGACAUUCCUUAAUUUUGGGAGGAAAUUAACAAAACAAUGCUGUAUUUCCAACUGUACUGAUCUUUGAAAGCACCAUCACACACAGACAAGGAAACAUGCCUUUCACCUUUUGGAUGUUUGUCUGAACACACAACCUUCACCAGGGCUGGGCAGUCAUGCAAGGGCCAGAGUUUACCUUUUUAAUGUGUUUUCUAAGAUUUAGUCUUUGGUUUUAUGAAAAGUAGCAUCAUGGAUUUUGCACAUGUGAAUAGUUGACUUUUUUUUUUAAACAGUUCAUUCUUGCAAAAUGUGACUUUCUUUCAGUGAAGCACAGCAGUUCAGGAUAUCUGUUUAUGCUCUUCAUUCAAGUCUUAUUUCCUUCUUAGGACCCUUGUUCAUUGUACUUACUCUGGAUUACUCCAGUAAUACCACCCAGCUGUGUAAAAGUGUCGAAACCUUGUAAGUUGAAUUAGGUGUCAGCAAAGUCACAUUUGAGUAUUGUAUGCAGUGAAAACCCAGAGGUCAUUCUGCCCUCAAGGCCAUGGUUGCCCACCACUGUGUACCAUUCUUCUGCAGUCUCAUAAAAAUGAAUGUCACUUUUCUGGCUUUUUAGUUUUUUUUGUUUUUUUUCCCUUCCCCCCCCCCCCUCAAACUGAAGAAUGAGAAAUGUGUGGAAGGCAUUAGGGUUGCAGAUAGUGUUGCCCACCCCCAUAACUUUUUUUCAACCCCUACUAUUCUAGAGAAGAGCACCUGUUUUUAGGUGAUAUUAGCCUUGCCGUAGCAGCCGGUUUCAUCUGUGAACAUUUGAAAAUGGCUUCUGGCCUGAGAUUUCUGCUUUUUGUUUUUCAUCACAUUUCUGUCUCCAGACUGCCUAUAAGUAAAAAGAAUUAAAAAAAAAAAAAAAAAAAAAAA